GAGGCGUUAGUAUCGUACUUGUGCAGUUAAGCGUUAUUCAAAAUGACUGGUCGUGGUAAGGGAGGAAAGGGAUUGGGAAAAGGAGGAGCGAAGCGCCACAGGAAGGUUUUGCGUGAUAACAUCCAAGGUAUCACCAAGCCAGCCAUUCGUCGAUUGGCAAGACGUGGCGGUGUCAAGCGUAUUUCUGGCUUGAUAUACGAAGAGACCAGAGGUGUCCUGAAAGUCUUUCUGGAAAACGUCAUCCGUGAUGCCGUAACCUAUACCGAACACGCCAAGAGGAAGACUGUAACAGCUAUGGACGUGGUCUACGCUCUGAAACGUCAGGGAAGAACUCUCUACGUGAAACAGGGACGCAAGAGCAACAUGGCAAGAACUAAGCAGACCGCUCGCAAAUCCACCGGUGGCAAGGCCCCACGUAAGCAGUUGGCGACGAAAGCGGCGCGCAAGAGCGCUCCCGCAACCGGUGGCGUGAAGAAGCCUCACCGUUACCGUCCUGGAACUGUCGCUCUACGCGAGAUCCGUCGUUACCAGAAGAGCACCGAGCUUCUGAUUCGCAAACUUCCGUUCCAGCGACUGGUCCGUGAAAUCGCUCAGGACUUCAAGACCGAUCUUCGCUUCCAGAGCUCGGCCGUCAUGGCCCUUCAGGAAGCUAGCGAAGCCUACCUCGUCGGCUUGUUCGAGGAUACCAACCUUUGCGCCAUUCACGCCAAGAGGGUUACCAUCAUGCCCAAGGACAUCCAGUUGGCCCGCCGAAUCCGUGGAGAGCGUGCUUAA